AAGCGACACAUAAGAACAUUCAAUUUAAAAAUAAAAAAAGCAACAUCACUGCUGACGUAAGUCCGAUAGGCUACAUAAUGGUAUUACAUUCAGCAAUUUGCCCGAAAAAAGUGCACUUAUGUGUUUGGUUGUGUGUGCGUGCGUGCGUGCGUGUGCACGUGAAGCAAAGAGAAGUUCAUUCGGGACAGAGGAGGAGCGCGGAUGCUGCUGUGUUUCGGGUUCUCCUCAGCAGCCGCGCCUCGAGACGCCACCUCUGGUCCGCUCCGCAUCUGUCACAACUGCAGCCGAGCACCGCGGCAUGUCCACAUCCACAUUCGCACACGGAAACAGUUCAUGAUCUUGGAUGAAAAAUGUCCGAAGUACGGAAAUUUACUAAAAGGUUGAGUAAACCGGGAACGGCGGCGGAACUCCGGCAGAGUGUGUCGGAGGCUGUGCGGACAUCAGUGAUUGCGGAGCAGCCAAAGAUCAUCGAGCCGCUGGAUUAUGAGACCGUGGUUUUCCAGAGGAAGGCCCAGAUCCACAGCGACCCCCACCGUGACCUCCUGCUCUGUCCCGUGGACGACGUCUCGGAGUCGCAGAUUUCGAGGCAGAGGCGCACCGUCCAUCCGUCCGUGCCCCAGAAUGCCGAGCGAGAAGCCAGGAGCCUGUUCGCCAAAGAGUGCAUCAAGAUGUACAACACGGACUGGCAGGUCAUCACCUACAAGUACGAGGCCUAUUCCGGAGACUUCCGCAUGCUGCCCAGCAAAGGCCUGAAGACGGAGAAGCUUCCGAACCAGGUGUUUGAGGUGGACGAGGACGCCAAGGACGAGGACUCCUCGUCGAUGUGCUCUCAGAGAGGAGGUAUAAUGAAGCAGGGCUGGCUGCAGAAAGCCAACAUCAACAGCAGCCUGUCUGUGCCCAUACGGGCCUUCAAGAGGCGGUACUUCUACCUGUCGCAGCUCCCCGACGGCUCCUACAUCCUCAACUCCUACAAGGAUGAGAAGAACUACAAGGACAGCAAGGGCUCCAUCUACCUGGACUCCUGCAUCGACGUCGUUCAGUGCCCAAAGAUCCGGAGGAACGGCUUCGAGCUGAAGAUGCAGGAGCGCUACAGCCACUUCCUGUCGGCGGACAGCGAGGCGGAGAUGGAGGAGUGGGUGGCCACGCUGAGGCAGGCCCUGCAGAGCGGCACGGAGGCCGGCCAGGAGCGGAGGAACGGAGCCGAUUCGCUGGACUGCGCGCUGGAUGAGGACACCAGUAGUCAGGGGAAGGCGGAAACCAUUAUGGAGAGCCUUGGAAGGAGUCUGCACCCGGAACUCAUGAAGUAUGCCAGAGAAACAGACCAGCUCAAUAAAAUCAACAGAAAUGAGGGGAGACUCAAGCUGUUUACACUGGACCCGGAAACACAAAGGCUGGACUUCUCGGGCAUCGAGCCGGACGUGAAGCCGUUCGAGGAGCGGUUCGGCCGCCGCGUGGUGGUCAGCUGCCACGACCUGACCUUCUCCCUGCAGGGCUGCGUCAGCGAGAAGAACGACGACGUCCUGACGAACGUGGAGCCAUUCUUCAUCAGCCUGGCUCUGUUCGACGUCGCCAAGAGCUGCAAGAUCUCCGCCGACUUCCACGUGGACCUGAACCCGCCGUGCGUGCGGGAGAUGCUGAGCGACGGCCCCGCCCACGGCGCCGCGGAACCCGACGGCGGGGGGGGCAACGGCCUGCCCGUCCUGCAGAGGGUCUCUGAGUCGCUGCUCCGCUUCCCCACCCAGGGCAUAUUCUCGGUGACCAAUCCCCACGCUGACAUCGUCCUGGUGGCCCGCAUCGAGAAGGUCCUGCAGAACGGCAUCACGCACUGCGCCGAGCCCUACAUCAAGACCUCCGACGUCAGCAAGACAGCCCAGAAGGUUCUGAAGGCUGCCAAGCAGACCUGCCAACGCCUGGGCCAGUACAGGAUGCCGUUUGCCUGGGCCGCCAAGCAGGUGUUUAAGGAUGCCCAGGGAAGCUUGGACAUGGACGGGAAGUUCUCCCCUCUGUACCGCCAGGACAGCAGCAAGCUCUCCACUGAUGACCUCAUGAAGCUGCUGGCAGAGAUCAAGAAACAGAUCCAUCGCUGACUCAUCAUGUUCUUUGGAGAAAUGACCAUUGUCUCUUCUCUCACUCCCCCCCACCUCCCCUUCUCCCCCCCCCCAGAUUCGGUCACCUCCUCCUACAUCCCCGUCAAGCCCUUCGAGGAGCAGUGCGAGAGGGUGUCCGUGGAGAUCGACGAGUUUCUCCCCGAGGAGGCCAAGUACAACCACCCGUUCACGGUGUACAAGCACCACCUCUACGUGUACCCGCUGCAGCUCAAGUACGACAGCCAGAAGACCUUCGCCAAGGCACGGAACAUCGCGGUCUGCAUGCAGUUCCGGGACUCGGACGAGGAGGGCGCCGUUGGCCUGAAGUGCAUCUACGGCAAGCCGGGAGAGCCAGUCUUCACCAGCAGCGCGUGCGCUGCCGUCCUGCACCACAACCAGAGCCCGGAGUUUUAUGACGAGGUUAAGAUUGAGUUGCCUGUGCACAUCCAUGAGAAGCAUCACGUGCUGUUCACCUUCCACCACAUCAGCUGCGAGUUCAGCAGCAAGAAGAGAGAAAGCGUGGAGUCGUUGGUGGGCUACUCCUGGGUCCCCCUGCUGAAGGACGGGCGCUUGCAGUCCUCCGAGCUGCAGCUCUCUGUGUCUGCCAGCCUGCCAGCCGGGUACCUGUGGGACAAAGCCCAGGACUCCAAAAAGUCAGCUCCGGACGUUAAGUGGGUGGAGAACGGCAAGCCGCUGUUCAAAGUGAGGACCCACGUGGCGUCGACGAUCUACACCCAGGAUCUGCACCUGCACAAGUUCUUCCAGCACUGCCAGCUGAUUCGCUCAGGCACUGAGGACAGCCCAGCAGAACUCAUCAAGUAUCUAAAGUGUCUGCAUGCUAUGGAGACCCAGGUCAUCAUCAAGUUCCUUCCCACCAUUCUGGUCCAGUUGUUUGAGGUCCUCACCACGGCAACCAAAGAAUCCCACGAGAUCGCCGUCAACUCCACACGCGUGAUAAUCCACAUCGUCUCCCGCUGCCACGAGGAGGGCCUGGAUCAGUACCUGCGCUCUUUUCUCAAGUAUGUUUUUAUGACCAAUAAGAUGGCGGGAGGAAGCUCAAUGACCACACACGAAGUCCUGGCCACCGCCGUGACUGCUAUCCUGAAACAGACCGCUGAUGUCAUCACCAGCAACAAGCUGCUCAAGUACUCCUGGUUCUUCCUGGAAACCAUGGCCAAGUCGAUAGCGCAGUACCUGCAGGACGGAAACAGGAUAAAGAUGCCGCGCCCCCAGCGGUUCCCGGACAGCUUCCACCAGGCGCUGCAGUCCCUGCUGCUCUCCAUCAUGCCCCACAUCACCAUCCGCCACGCCGAGAUCCCGGAGGAGGCGCGCUGCAUCAACCUGAGCCUCGCCGGGCUCAUCAAGCGCUGCUUCACCUUCAUGAACAGGGGCUACGCCUUCAGCCUGGUCAAUGACUACAUGUGCGGCUUCAGCCUCAAGGACCCUAAGGUGCUGACGGAGAUGAAGCUGGAGUUCCUCAUGGUUGUUUGUAACCACGAGCACUACAUCCCGCUCAACUUGCCCAUGGCGUUCGGACGAACCAAGCUGCAGCGCGUGCAGGACCUGGGCCUGGAGUACAGCCUGACGGAGGAGUACUGCCGGAACCACUUCCUGGUGGGCCUGCUCUUGCGGGAGGUGGCUGAGGCCCUGAACGGCUGCCCGGAGAUCCGGCAGCUGGGCGUGGCCGUGCUGAAGAACCUCAUGGUCAAGCACGCCCUGGACGACAGGUACACCACGUCCAAGAACCAGCAGGCCCGAAUCUGCGUGCUGUACCUGCCUCUGCUGGAGCUGCUCUAUCAGAACCAGAAGCACCUGUGUGCCCGGCUGACCACGCCCACUCCCAGCCUGGCACUGGCGGCCUCAGGAGAUGACCUCACGAUGGCGUGUGCGUCGGGAGACCUUCGCAGGACCAGCGCAGCCGCGGACAAGGAGCACGCAGGCUUUGCGGCUCAGAACGGGCACGUGGUGAGGAGGGAUGAUUCCCGAAGCUCCCUGUUCACGGAGCCGGCCGCUCAGGAGAGCACGGACGGGAUCAACAGGCGGCGUUCCACCAUGAGUACGCUGCCCCCUGUUGGCCGACUGGGUCCGUACGAGGUCAAGGGCCUGCUCCUGUGUUUCCUGCACAUCGCCCGGACCGUGGCGGAAGAAACUCUGCUGUCCUACUGGAACAAAGUGGCUCCUCAGGACAUCAUGAACUUCCUCGGUCUACUGGAGACGUGCCUGACGCAGUUCAGAUAUAUCGGGAAGAGGAACAUUAGCAGGAGUCAGGACCCCUGGGUGUCGAAGCACUUCUCUCCAGACAGGAAGUCUCAGACCAUGCCGGUCAUGCGGAGCAGAACGGGCCUCAUGCAGGCUAAGAUCCAGCAGUUCGGCACCAUGGACACCUCGUUCACCCUGAGUACAGUCGCCGGACCCUCGGAGGCAGAGAUCAACCACCAGUCUCUGCUGGAGGGGAACAUCUCCGCUGAGGUCUGCCUGACCGUGCUGGACGUCAUCACCCUCUUCACCCAGAGCUUCAAGAGUCAGCUGCUGGAAUGCGAUGGCCACAACCCCCUGAUGAAAAAGGUGUUCGAUGUCUACCUGACCUUCCUGAGGGUCGGCCAAUCAGAGGCUGCGCUCAAGCACGUCUUCGCCGCCCUGAGAGCCUUCAUUACCAAGUUCCCGUCGGUGCUGUUCAAGGGGCGGGUGACGCUGUGCGCGGCGAUGUGCUACGAGGUGCUCAAGUGCUGCGUGUCCAAGCUGGGGGCGCUGCGGGCCGAGGCGUCCGCCCUGCUCUACCUGCUCAUGAGGAACAACUUCGAGUACACCAAGAGGAAGACCUUCCUGCGCACCCACCUCCAGAUCAUAAUCGCCGUCAGUCAGCUGAUCGCGGACGUGGUGCUGACGGGCAGCUCGCGCUUCCAGGAGUCCCUGUCCGUCAUCAACAACUUCGCCAACAGCGACAAGGCCGUGAAGAUGACCGCGUUCCCGGCGGAGGUGAAGAGCCUGACCAUGCGCAUACGCACGGUGCUGAUGGCCACGGCGCAGAUGCGGGAGCACGAGCGCGACCCCGAGAUGCUGCUGGACCUGCAGUACAGCCUGGCCCGCUCCUACGCCAGCACGCCCGAGCUGCGCCGCACCUGGCUGGACAGCAUGGCGCGCGCCCACCUGAAGAACGGGGACUACUCUGAGGCGGCCAUGUGUUACGUCCAUGUCGCAGCGUUGGUGGCGGAGUACCUGUACAGGAAGAAGCUGUUUCCCAGCGGCCUGGCGGCGUUCAGGAAGAUCACGCUGAACGUGGACGAGGAGGCCGCCAUGAAGGAGGACUCGGGCAUGCAGGACGUCUACUACAAUGAGGAGGUCCUGGUGGAGCACCUGGAGCUGUGCGUGGAGGGGCUGUGGAAGGCCGAGAGGUACGAGCUGAUCACGCACGUCGCCAAGCUCAGCGCCCCCGUCUACGAGAAGCGCCACGAGUUCGAGAAGCUGAGCCGGCUUUACGACACUCUGCACCGCGCCUACGCCAAGGUCCUGGAGGUGAUGCGCACCGGCCGGCGGCUCCUGGGGACCUACUUCAGAGUGGCCUUCUACGGCCAGGGCUUCUUCGAGGAGGAGGACGGAAAGGAGUACAUCUACAAGGAGCCGAAACUCACCGGGCUGUCCGAGAUCUCCCACCGCCUCCUCGGCCUCUACGGGGACAAAUUCGGAGCGGAAAACGUCAAGAUCAUUCAGGACUCCAAUAAGGUGAACCCCAAGGACCUGGACCCCAAGUUUGCCCACGUGCAGGUGACCUUCGUGAAGCCCUACUUCGACGAGAAGGAGGCGGCGGAGAGGACGACGGGCUUCGAGAGGUGCCACAACGUCGGUCGCUUCGUGUUCGAGACGCCGUACACGCUGUCGGGGAAGAAGCACGGGGGCGUGGCCGAGCAGUGCAAGAGGAGGACCGUCCUCACCACCGCCAACACGUUCCCCUACGUGAAGAAGAGGGUGGAGGUUGUGGCGGAGAAGCAGGUGGAGCUGAAGCCCAUCGAUGUGGCCAUUGACGAGAUGAGGGACCGCACCACCGAGCUGCAGAAGCUGUGUUCCAGUCCCGAGCUGGACAUGAUCCAGCUGCAGCUCAAACUGCAGGGCUGCGUCUCUGUGCAGGUGAACGCGGGUCCGAUGGCCUACGCCCAGGCCUUCCUCCACGAUGACAAGUCCAGCCAGUACAGUAGUAAGAAGGUCAAGGAGCUGAAGGACAUUUUCCGGAGUUUUGUCCAGGCCUGCAGUGUGGCGUUGGACAUCAACGAACGCCUCAUCAAAGAGGAUCAGUUUGAGUACCAGGAAGGGCUGAAGGCCAACUUCAAGGACAUGGUGAAGGAGCUGUCUGACAUCAUCCAUGAGCAGAUCUUCCAGGAGGACAUGAUGCGCUCCCUGCUGCAGAACUCCAUGCACGUGUUCCGCGUCAUCAGCGGGACGUCCCCCGACCUGGACUGAGACCCUGCCGUCACCCCCCCCCCGCCCCCAAACCACCACCCCCCGCCCCGCCCCGCCCUCCAGCCCCCGCCCCGCCCUUUUCCUCCAGAAGUGCUUCGCUGACACCAGCUCUGCAGGCACCGCCAGUGAGCCCAAGCCCCA